UAGUAAUUUCCGGUGACGUUUGUUUUGCAGCGUUGCCACAUAGUCUUCAUGUGGACAGUAACAUAACAAUUUAUAAUGGUUAUAUUAGAUUAGUGAUUGUUAGAGUAUAUUGUUAAUUAAUUGGUAAGAACAAUGGCUUCCUUGGUUGCGGAUUAUGGAACCUCCUCAAGUUCAGAGAGUAGUAGUGGCGAUAUUUCGGAUAGUGCUGAUAACACUUUUAAGGAAGAUGAAGAAGAGGAUAAUGAAGAGGAAAAGAAUGAUGAAAAUGAAGGAGCAACAGAUACAGCAGCUUCCAAAGAAAAACUUCCAUUACCAACUCCAGAUUUUAAUAGCAUACCUGUUAUGAAAACUUCAGUCUUCUCAAAUCCAUUUGUUGAAGCAGAAAAAGCUAAAAGUGCUAUUCUAGAGAAACAUGUAAAAAUGACUCCAACAUUAGAUGACACAAAAAUGAUAAAUGGUCGAAAGAUAUGUUGGAAUUAUAGGAAAGGUAGAUGCAGGUUUGGUCAUAAUUGUACCUUUGCACACGAUUCAGAUUUACACCGUACAGCGGCUGAGCUAGAAGCAAUUCGAAUACCGCAAGAAACAGUUAUCUGUCAGACUCAGUAUAAUGGUCAGGUUUCCAUAAAUGAUGAUGAUGAGGUGGAUCAAGAAAAUAAUCAAAUGAAUAAACGUAAGAAAAGGCCAGGAUUGAGUCAGUCUUUAAUACCUAGUAAGAAAGUCUUGAAAAUGUACAAAGCACAACAAACUAAAGCCAUUAGUAGAUAAAUGCAGAUAUUAAUGUAUGAUUAGCUACUCUAAAAGAAAAGAUUUAUGAUUUAUAAAUUCAUAAUUCAAUGAAUUUGUAAAAAUGAUAUUGAUUAUAUAACUUCCAUGAAAAUCAGAAAGUAUAAAUUUCUUUCUGAAUAAAAAGAUAGUGUAAGACACUGAUUGCUUCAUUCUAUAUUGAAAAAAGUCAUAAGAAAGGUAUAUGAAACAAAUAUAUGCUUCCAGCAAAAGAUACACUUAUGACACAUCUAUUAUAUAUAAUACCUAUUUCAGAAUCAAUUGAAAGUUUAGGAAUUAUUUAAAUACUAUUCAAUAUUUAUAGAAAAUUAUUUGUUAUGUAUAUAACAAUUAGAGUUUACUUGUAUAAUUAAUACUUCCAGGGACCUGCAGACAUGAAUCAUAAUUCAUUAUGUUUUGUAUGCAAACAAUUUUAUAAACAUUUCUAUUUAUAUUUAAUAUUUCUAGUUGAUCUACAAGAAUCGAAAUAGUCUUCUUAUAUUUUGCCAGACAACUUGAUUAUCUACGUUUCUUUUGCUUUCUUCUUACCGAAAAGAGAUAGCUAUUUAAAGGUUUUCUGUAUCAGAAUUCUAAGAUUUUAGAUUAUACAUAAGGAUAAUAUUGUAUUUAAAUCGUAUAAGUAUCACUCCAGCUUUAAUAAAAAAUUUUUAGAUAUUGUUUAAUGUACAAAGUAAAAAUUAUUGCUUGUGUAAAAGUACUAUAUGUAAAAAAAAAAAAAUUAUGUAACUUAUGUACAAUAUUGUUAACAUUUCUCCUUGAUAAAGCUGUUUAGUAUCUAAAUUAGGUACUGAAAACAACAUGUAAUAAUCGUGGUAUACCAAAAACAACAAUUACGCUUCCACCAUGCAUUAUAUCUUUUUACAUAAUGUUAUAGAUAUAAAAGAGAACUUACUUGUUUCUGCAUAGAAGGAAAUAUGUGUUUGUCAGGUUUACUUUUAUUAAUGUGUAAUAUCAUGUAUCUUCCUUUUUAUGUGAUCCAAUUACUUAAGUAUUCUUUAUUAGUAAAAGGCUUUUUUUAAUUCUAUAUAUGUAACAUAUAUAACUUUUGUAUACACGCUAUUUCAUUAAAUUAUUAAGAAAUACUAUUUCAACUUCUUCAGUACCCUGAAAAUGAUAUAUAAGUUUUGUAUAUCAAGGAAUUCAAUGCACUAUUAAAAAUUAUUAAUUUGUUAAAUAGUUAUCGGAAUGAUAGCAAUGCAUCGAACUGACCAAUAAAGUUAUUGAUUUACAUUCUUCUUCUAGCUGUACCAUAUGAAAACGUGUAUAAGCCUUAAUCUGAAAACAAAAUGACAGUGAAUAAUUAUUUAAUAUUCCAUUGAUGAGUUGAAAGAACAAUGGAUAGGUAUCAAGUGGACAAAAAAUGAUAGGCACAUGACAUUUUUAUUAGAUAAUCAUGGGUACAAUAUGAGUUCAGAUCAAUUAUACGUGGUUUAAAGUGCAUCAAUAGUUGAUUAUUGCAUCUUUCAUUGAAAAUAUAUAUUUAUAUAUCAUUCUUUUUCACUUCCGCGACUGAACAUCUCACAGGCACUUUGUCUCUAAACAAUGAUAAUAUUUGUGAUAAAUGUUUUUAUGUAAAAUAAACAUGUAUAUAAUCAUCACAGUUUACGUUCAUUAAGUUAUGAUCAAUGAUGAAAUAAUUUUCAUUUAUAAAUUAAAUAAUAAUAAUUACUCAAUAAUUAAUUUACUCCCAAAUCAAUUUCUGUUUAAAAUUGCAAUUCAUUAAUCGAUCUCUUUAUUCAUACCAACGGUAUUUCCAGUUAAUCAAAGUAAUGUCUUUUAUCUGGAUUGAAAUUUUUAUGGAAACACCUGUUAAGUACUAUAAUGUACGACAAUUAAUUUGUCAUUACUAUGUAAUACGUAAUUCUGACAAUACUGUAGAACAGUACAAUUGUUGAACCAUACCUUUUUUUUCUUUUUUCAUUUUAAUUACCCGACCAUUAUUCUUAAAAGACAAAACAUUAGAUUUAUUUCAACAUUUUACGUGAUACCACUAAUAAAUAAUACACCUGCAGAAACUGUAAUUAAACCUACAAUACAGGGACGAAAGCAGCUCGUCUUCUACCGUUAAAUUGAUGAAUUGAAAUUCUCUGUUUCAUAUUAGUGCAGAAUAUUUAAUUUUCUACCGAGAGACAAUGUUAAACAUUUUCUAAAGGUAAAGUAUACUUCACACUGAUCGUAUGUUCUUGAAUAAGUACUUUGUAUGCUAUGCGCUACAUGUAUUUUGUAUCACAAUCAUUUAUAGUAGGUUCCCUUAAAUAAAAUGUUACGACGACAAUACUCUAUCGUUAAGAUACAUAACGAAGUAAAAGAGAGAUGAAAAGUGAAAAGUGAAGCGAUUUAGAUGUAAAAAUACCCGGUAUUAUUAAUCGUUAUUACUCGUUAAACGGAUCGGUAAAAAAUAAGUUACAGUCGAAUUAUAUUAAGUACAUUUCGCAUCAAAUACUUCCAGAUGUGCAUAUACAAGGAUCAAUUAGAAAAUAUGAAGUUUAGAACUUUGUCGUUCUUCGUAUUGCCUAAAAAAAGUUUUUUUUCUUUUUUUUUU